GGCCAACUUGCAUUCCAGCGUGCUUUACACAUCCGUGUAAAUAAUUCAGUCAACUGGCUAUUUGGGGACCUAAUGCACCUUUCUCUUGAUUUGGUGUACCUCUUUCCUCGUAGUACUUCCAGUAAUCUUGAUGUACAUUUAUACACUUACCAGCUUCUCUUUGGUGUGGAGAACUGACACCACCCUUUCAUUUAGUGGAGAACAACACAAAGCCAUCCUUAUAUGUAACUUUGUUUCAACUAUUCUGAGGAUUUACAUGUUUAGGCCUGUCUGAAUAUUAUUCAUGAUCCAUGAUGGCCAGAGCCAAAACCUGUAAAAAGAAUGUGGUGAAUGGAGGAUUUUUAAUCCUUUUAUUUAUCAAUGCUUGUGCAGCUCUUCCCAUGUGUAUUGAUUCAAGAGCUCCUCAGCCUUCGGUCUCUCUAAAUUUUUGCUCCGACAAUGGGUAUAAACAAAAAGGGUGCUGCAGUAAACAAGAGGACAUGAAUUUAUUAAAGAAGUUUGAAUCUAUGAAUGUGUCCGAUACAGUAUGUGCUAGAUUUAUCAAGCAAAUUCUCUGUGCUCAAUGUGACCAAUUUGCAGCAGAUCUAUUUCAAAUUCAAAUCCAAGAACAGCGCAUGAUUCCUGUACUGUGCAAUUCAACUGUAAGAACAAAUUCCUCAACAAAUGACACCAUUGAACAAAGCUAUUGUUCCCAUCUUUGGAAUGCAUGCCAAAACGUUUCUAUCGUAAAUUCUCCAUUUGCACCUUUAUUGAAAGGAGGGGUAUCAGGAUUGCCAAUGAAUAUGACACAUGCAAAGCUUACCGAACUUUGGCAGUCAAAGAAUGAUUUUUGUGCAGCUUUUGGAGGCACAAUAAUUGAUGGUGUCUCAUGUUUUAAUGGCAAUGUUUUUGUACCCAAUGUCACUCAAAAUGAAUCUACUAUUGAAGGUGUUUGCUUAGAGAGGAUUGGAGAUGAAGCCUAUCUCAACUUGGUUCCUCAUCCUGAUGGGUCCAAUCGUGUAUUCUUAGCAAGUCAGGCAGGUCAAGUGUGGCUGGCUACAUUACCAGACAGUGGCUCUGGAAAGCAAUUGAACUUAAAUAAAUCAAAUCCAUUUAUAGAUUUAAGUGACCAGUUGGUUUCUGAUGCAGAAUUUGGAUUGUUGGGAUUAGCUUUUCAUCCAAAUUUUGAGAAGAAUGGCCGAUUCUUUGUUUCAUUUAAUUGUGAUAAGACAAAGAAUUCAAAUUGUGAGGGACGAUGUGCUUGCAAUUCUGAUGUCGGAUGUGAUCCUUCACAAUUAGGUAAAGAUGACGGAGCAUUACCUUGCCAGUAUCAAAGCAUAAUUGCAGAAUACUCUGUCAAUGGCACUUCUACUUCACCUUUUCAGGCUACAUUUGCACAUCCAACAGAAAUUAGAAGAAUAUUCACCAUGGGUCUUCCAUAUACAGCCCAUCAUGCAGGUCAGAUUCUGUUUGGACCCACUGAUAAUUAUCUAUAUUUUAUGAUGGGAGAUGGAGGCAGUAUCGGUGACCCAUAUAAUUUUGCACAGAAACAAAAAUCUUUACUGGGGAAGAUUAUAAGAUUGGAUGUUGAUAAUAUACCUAGUGCAGAAAAAAUCGAUGCAGCUAACCUUUGGGGGAAUUAUUCUAUCCCUUCUGAUAACCCAUAUGUUCAAGAUAAUAACUGGCAACCAGAGAUUUGGGCCUUAGGUUUGAGAAAUCCUUGGCGUUGCAGCUUUGAUUCAUUGAAUCCAACUUAUUUUUUUUGUGCAGACGUUGGUCAGGAAGUCUAUGAGGAGGUGGAUUUGAUAACAAAAGGUGGCAACUAUGGUUGGCGUGUCUAUGAAGGAUUAAAUCUCUACACUCCUCUUUCAUCCCCAGGAGGAAACACGAGUGCAAAUUCUAUACAACCUAUUUUUCCGGUAAUGAGUUAUACUCGCAAUAGUGUCAAUCAGCAGGAAGGAUCUGCCUCUAUAACUGGUGGCUAUCUUUCUAGAUCCAACCAAGAUCCAUGCUUAUAUGGAAGGUAUUUGUAUGCUGAUCUGUAUGCUGCAAAUAUGUGGGCUGGUAUAGAAAAUCCCAUUGGCAGUGGCAACUUUAGUAGCACAGCAGUAAAUUUCAACUGCUCUGCUAAAUCCCCAAUUCCAUGUUUGUAUGCAGCCCAAACUAAAUAUCCCACUUUGAACUAUAUAUUUUCAUUUGGGGAGGACACCAGGAAGGAUGUGUAUUUGCUAGCCAGCAAUGGGGUGUACAGAGUGGUACAUCCCAGUGAUUGUAAUUAUGUAUGCACGAAACCGAGCCUUUCUACUGGACCCUCGAAUGUUCCAAGUCCAUCCCCAAGUCAGGUAGAAUCUCCUUCUAAGUCAUCUGCUGCCAUGGCAAGGAGCAUAAGUAUUUGGCUUUCAGCCUUUAUUGUCAUAUUCAUAAUUCUAAAUUAGAACACUGGAAGCAUUCUUCUAAUCAUAAAUAAAUGUAAACUUGAGUUCAUUUUUUAAUAAAAUGAUUCAAAGUACCAGCGUUUGAAUUAUUUCAGGGUGGGAAACAUUUUAGUUAAGUGAAGGGUUGUA